AUGUUUGAAGAAUAUUAUUAGAAAUAUCAAAUUAUGGAAUCAAAUGUACCAGAAGCUCAAAGACAGAAAUUGAAAUUUUUGAUAUUUUCAAUAAAGAAUCAAUAAAAUAAUGAAAUUGAAAUAAAUCCUGAAAAUUAUCCUGAUCUUGAAGUAGAUGAAAUUUAAGGAUUGUUUAAUUUACCUGUUGAGGCUUAAAAGAGCAUGUUCUGUUCAGUUUUUAAAAGUUUAGAGUUGGAAGAUGAUUCAAAGAUAAUAGGUGAAUUACAUGUGAAGGGUGAGACACUUGGAAUAUGGAGAACAAAAAAGUUAGAAUUGAAUUUAACUCAUAAAAAGUUAAUUGUACCGAGAAAAGAAGGUAAUAUAGAAAUGUAAUUAUCAAAAUAUGGAAUAAUGUGGGUUGGUUAGAAGAAGAGUAAAAGUUUACAUUAUUGUUUUAUUUUAAUUGCACAUAAUUAAGCAAUAUUUGAUCAUUAUAAAUAAUUGAUAAUGGGAUCUGAUGAUGAAGAAUAUGCUAAAAAAUGGUUUAAUCUUUUGAGUCCAAUUUGUGAUACAAAACCUAUUUAACCAAGAAGGAUGAGUGUUGAAUUUACAAAAUAAACAGUUUCCACUUCACCAUUGAAUAGAUCUGAUCAAUUAGAUUUGAGUAAAAGUGAUAAUCAUAAUAAUAAUAAUUGGUUAGAAUUUAAAUCAUCCAAUAAUAAUAAUAAUAAAGAUAUGUAAAGGAUUUCAGAAUAACCUGAAUCUCCAGAUAAUUUAAAAAAGACUUAACAAGAUAUCCAAACUAAUUUGAAUUAAGAAGAAAACCCUUAUUUUCAAGUUUUCACUCCAUAAAUUGAAUAACCUCCUAAAGUACCUGCAUAUUUACAUGAUAUGACAGUAGAUAAAUUUAAGUAAGGAGAAUUUUAUAGAGUAGGAAACAAUGUUUAUAAGAGUAUUUCAAAGAAAGGAUUAUACUAAAUUCAAAUCAUUUUAGAAUAUGAUAUUGAAGUAAUUAAACAUUUUCUGUAUGAAGAUAAUGGGUUUAAUAAAUACAUAGCAAAUGAAUAGACAAUGUUUGAUUAUUAAGAUUAUAAGGUUGUAGAUCAAAUAAGAAUUAAAUCAAUAUUUGGUUAUUAGAGAGAAACAUAAUUAUAUAUUAUGAGAUAUAAGACAUCUGAUUGUAUUAUAGAAAAAUAACUUAAUUCAGUAAAUCCAAAUUAUUCAAUAGCUAAAUUAUUCAGGAAAUAAAUUUAAAAAUAUUCAUUUAAUGGAAUUUAGAAAAGAAAUUAAAGUUAUUCAAAUGAUUUGAUACCUCAAUAAACAAUAAUUUAGAUUAUUUGUUAACUUGAUGAUAAUCCCUUUUUUGAUUCUUAAAAUAUAUCAUUUAUGGAAUAAUAUAAUUUUUUAGCAGAUCAUAUUGAUUACGUCAUAAAUUUUAGAGAUUUACAUUUUGAAUAAUAAUAACAAUUAUAAACAGCUAUGACUUUGUCAAAUCAUUCAGAGGAUCUAUUUGUUGAAAAAUUCAAUUAAUCAAUAGAAUUAGAUAACAAGAUACCUAAUAAUUUAAUGGAACUUUUAGAAUUUGUUUAAAAAAAUAAACAUUGGAAUGUUUGUUUAAAUAAGGAAUUUUAAAUGGAACCUAUAAAAGUAGAACCAAAAUUCUUGAAAUCUACAUCAGAAGGACAUUUCUUAUUAAAAAAUUAUUGGAAAGUAGAUUAAAAUUAAGGUGGUUUGCUAUAUGUUGAUUAGAUUGGAUUAAGAGAAUAAAAAAAGGUAUUUUCUUACUUACUGUCAUAAAUAGGAUCAAAUAUAGCUUCUGGAAAGUCUAUAAUGAAUAUUAGUCUACCUGUUUAUGUCUUUGAAAAAUAAAGUAAUCUUUAGAGAUAUGCUAAUUCACUUACUUACUUAUAAUAUUUAGAUGAAGCAGUCUAAAAGGAUUAUAUAUUUUAAUUUAAAAACUUCUUACCCUAUGGAUAUGGUACAAUCAUCUUAUAUUUAAAUAUGUGGAAACCAUUUAAUCCUAUUCUUGGAGAAACAUACUCAGGAUUUAUAAAUGGUUGUCCUAUUUAUGCAGAAUAAGUAUCACAUCAUCCACCAAUAAGCAAUUUAUUGAUUUAUGGAAAAGGAUAUAGGUAAUGAAAUAAAUUAUUAUAUUAGAGUGAAUCAUCGUUUAUGUACUAUAGCAAGUAUUUCAGCUAAUUCAGUAAGUGGAAUUAAUUAAGGAUAUACAAAAGUUUAUUUUUAUGAAUCUAAAAAUGAACUUAUAUUUUUACCUUGUUCUGGAUUAUAUACUGGAACAUUGUAUGGUGAUAAAUUAUUCUAGAUGGUAGGAAAAUUUCAUGUUAUUAAUUUGAAACACAAAUUAGUAGCAGAAAUCAAAUUGAAUCCUUAUCCAGGUUCAAUUUGGAAAAAAAGGAGAGAACAUUUAGAUGAUUAUUAUGAAGGUUUUAUAUAUGAAGUGAAUGAUGAAUUUAUAAAGAGAUUCUAAAAAGAUGGAUAUUUAAAAUUUAAAGAAUUAAAAUAAAAUGAAAUUAUUAGAGAAAUAUCUAAAAUUAAUGGUGUAUGGCAUAAAAAUAUGUUUAUAGAUAAUUAAGAAAUAUGGAAUAUUAAUACAGAACCUUAUGUAUUAGAAGAUGAAGAGUAUAUUAUUAUUAAUAUAUUUAGUCAUCCUUUACCAUCAGAUUCUAAUUUUAGAGAAGAUUUAAUUGCAUGGAAGACUGGUAAUUUUGAUUUAGCUAUGAAAAUGAAAACUAAAUUAGAAGAAGCAUAAAGAGCUGAUGCUAAAUUAAGAAAAAAACAUUGA